CGCUCAUGGGCAGCCAGGGUGGCUUGGGGCCCCCCGGGAACGUCGGGCCGGGAGAGGACGAGGGCGAGGGCGGGCAGGCGAGAAAACUGCAGGAAGAGAGGGUUGUGAAGGGAAAACGAAGGAAGGGGAAGGAGAAAGGAAAAGCGGGCGCAGGGUGCGGCGGAAGAGGAAGCGGGGCGGAAGGGAAGCCGGGGCCGCCGAGAGCGAAGGAGGCGGUGGAGCUGGGGGCUGAGGCGGCAGCGAGGGCAGGCCGGGCGGAAGGAGGACAGGGCGGCGGAAGCGUGGAGGAAGGAGCGAGAGCAGGGGCCAGGAAAAAGGCACCAGGAAGAGACGAUGGGAAGGACGAGUGGAGGGUCCGGCCUGGGCGGCGGGAAGCUACCAGGCCGGGCAGAGCAUCGAGACGAGAGUGUCAGGCUUGGGGCGGUGUCGCCAUGGCGGCGGUAGUUGAGGAAGAGGCGGCCGCUAGCCCGCCGACCGCGCGCCCGACUGCGGGGCCCGCGCUGUGGCGCCUGCCGGAGGAGCUGCUGCUGCUCAUCUGCUCCUACCUGGACAUGCGGGCCCUCGGCCGCCUGGCCCAGGUGUGCCGCUGGCUGCGGCGCUUCACCAGCUGCGACUUGCUCUGGCGCCGGAUAGCCCGGGCCUCACUCAACUCCGGCUUCACCCGGCUCGGCACCGACCUGAUGGCCAGUGUCCCUGUGAAGGAGCGGGUGAAGGUGUCUCAGAACUGGAAGUUGGGGCGCUGCCGAGAAGGGAUACUGCUGAAGUGGAAAUGCAGUCAGAUGCCCUGGAUGCAACUAGAGGAUGAUUCUCUGUAUGUAUCCCAGGCUAAUUUCAUCCUGGCCUACCAGUUCCGCCCAGAUGGUGCCAGCUUGAACCGUCGGCCACUGGGAGUCUUCGCUGGUCAUGAUGAGGACGUUUGCCACUUCGUGCUAGCCAACUCACAUAUUAUCAGUGCAGGAGGAGAUGGAAAGAUUGGCAUUCAUAAGACUCACAGCACCUUCACUGUCAAGUACACGGCUCAUGAACAGGAGGUGAAUUGUGUGGAUUGCAAAGGGGGCAUCAUUGUGAGUGGCUCCAGGGACAGAACGGCCAAGGUAUGGCCUCUGGCCUCGGGCCGGCUGGGACAGUGCUUACACACCAUCCAGACUGAAGACCGAGUCUGGUCCAUUGCUAUCAGCCCGUUACUCAGCUCCUUUGUGACUGGGACAGCUUGUUGUGGGCACUUCUCACCUCUGAGAAUCUGGGACCUCAACAGUGGGCAGCUGAUCAUGCACUUGGGCAGUGACUUCCCUCCGGGGGCUGGAGUGCUGGAUGUCAUGUAUGAGUCCCCUUCCACACUGCUAUCCUGUGGCUACGACACCUAUGUUCGCUACUGGGAUCUCCGCACCAGUGCCCGGAAAUGUGUCAUGGAGUGGGAGGAGCCACAUGACAGCACCCUGUACUGCCUGCAAACAGAUGGCAACCACCUGCUGGCCACGGGUUCCUCCUACUACGGUGUUGUCCGGCUGUGGGACAGGCGCCAGAGGGCCUGCCUGCAUGCCUUUCCACUAACAUCAACUCCAUUAAGCAGUCCUGUAUACUGCCUGCGUUUCACCACCACACAUCUCUAUGCUGCGCUGUCUUACAACCUCCACGUCUUGGACUUUCAAAAUCCAUGACAGGCUCCCCCUUGCCUGUGUGCCAGGGAAGCCAGUUACUCAGGGACCUCUCUCACCUGGAGGUACAGUGACACCUCUGCUGCUGCUGCCCCCCAAGACCUGUGGCCACUAUGCACGGGCCCACAAGCUAGAGGGACUGAGUGCUAGGCUGGAUCCUGCCACUCUGAAUGUACAACUCGACUGGGCGUUGUGCCCCUCUCUGGUUGAACAAGGAUUGAGCUGGCAAGGCUCACUCUGCACCCUACCCUUUGUGAGGCGACAGCAGCCUAUAGGUAAGGUGAGGCACUCCUGCCUUUCUUGAAGAGGAAGAUACCCUGCCAGCACAAGCUCUCUCCUCAGUCAGACCCCACCCUUGGUGGAGCAGAUGGGGUAUACAGGUCUUUAUUCCUGGCACCUAGAAAAGACCAAAGGAAUCCACCAGUUCUGAGUGAGUCAUUGAGGUGGGCUAUGGAAGACAUGCUACCAAAUGUCCAAUUUUGUAGAAAAUAAAAACUUGAUUGUUCA